UGUGUUAUAUAGCGUUAUCAUUUUUACGUUGUGUGAGUUUAGAGUCAACAAUUUUAAUACGUAUUUUACUCUUGAUCAAGGAACAUGAAUCGUAUUCUUUUGGUAAAUUUUCUUUUUACGUUUGCCUUAGGCGUUUUGGCUGAUUCUCCAAAAUUACAAACAUGCAAAUCUACAAUUGGACAUGUUGAAAAGGCAAUUGUUACGGGUAGUCAAUUCAAAAAUGGAAAAUAUAUUUUAAAGCAUGGCACUGAAGUUGGUAUUGAAGUCACAUUCAAUACAGAAAAAAAAGUAAAUGAUCUUAAAGCUUCUGCUGAAAUCACAUUAAAUGGAAUGAAUCUGCCCACUAAAUUACCAAAUUUAAAUGGAUGUAAAGUUUUGAAAUGUCCUCUUAAUAAGGGUGGACCAUAUGUAUAUAAAAUAAAUAUGCCAGUUUCAAAAUUUUAUCCAAAGAUUGAGACAACAUCAAAGUUACGAUUAAAAAAUGAAAAAAAUAAAGUUAUUGCUUGCGUGAUAGUUCCAAUUAAAGUUGUUUAAUGUAAAUGAGACGAUUUAUUAAAUAAUAAAGACAAGCUUUGAAAAUUUGA